GGUCUACAACUCGUUACCCGUACAUGCCCUUCUUUGCAUAGCAUUCUGUCUGCUUUAGUCUGCUCAUUAUGCCGGUCAUCAUGCGGCGGGCGAAUGACAAUCUCGUCUUCUACAUGAUUGUCGCUUUAGUCUGGCUGAUCUUCAUCUUUCAAACAGGCGUACCUUUCGCUGCGCGCAAGGAAGACGCCUUUGUCGCUAUGAAGCCGACGGUGCGUGAUAUACUGGUUCUGCUCAAUGCCACUUGCCCUGCUCUGAAUGCGCUCAAGUCGCUCUCUGGUCUGCAUGGACAAUACAUGCCUGUCGACUUUGCAGGAACAUUCAAUCCGAGCAUUGUUCCCCAUCCAUCAAAAGACAAGCGUUUCAUUAUCACUUCUCGCUACAUCAGUAAUGCUACUUUCAUGGGGUUAAAGACAUGCGAGGCCAAGUUUGAGUUUCAUGCUCUGGUGUGCGAGCCUGAAUCCAUACGGGAUGUUGUUGUCGAACAAACAAGCUCAAAGCAUUGCACAGACAAGGCGACGUCGAGUCUGGCAGAGCUACAAGGUCAAAGUGAUCCAAGAGUCUUCUACGGACCAAAAGGGUUGUACAUCACAUAUGGCCUCCAUUCGAAGUAUGCAUGCUUUGGUCAAGCCAUUCAAGACUUCAAUACAGUCUUCACACUCGAUCACGGUGUCGCUGACCCACAAACAUUUACCAAGCAAACCGAGAUACAAAGGCCAGACGCCUAUCACAAGAUGGAGAAGAACUUUUUCCUCUUCUUCCCUCAGAUUCAAGCCAACUCAAAACAACCCCUUGUGACGUAUGUCCAGCACGAUCUGCAGCCGAAACGCGUCUUUUCAGAUCUCAAGACGGAUGGAUCCGUUGGUGGCAACAUUGGCCUUCUCUCGAAAGAUGAGCCGUGUCUCAGGGCGCUUUUGCCCUCGCUGGACAGCUCGCAAGAUGAAAGCAUUCAUCAAUCGACCAAUACACUCGCAUUGACCCUUUGCAAUCGAGGUACCUGUACACCAGACAAUGACAAUACACUUCUCAUCACCAUUUUCCACAAAAAGAACUUUAAGUACUUUCACGCAGAGUAUGAGCCAUACCUAAUGGCCUUCUCGCCCAAUGCGCCAUUCGGUAUUGUUGGUAUAUCCAGCAAGCCAUUCUGGAUUGAAGGCCGAGGCGUUGCAAAACGCCCAGCCGGUUACAAAGGUCCCUAUGGAAGAACAGAGAUGCUCUACGUUGUGUCAAUGAGCUGGCGAAGUCCAAAACAAACAUAUCAAGGCUUCUUAGAUGACCCUGUCCUGUUGAGCUUGGGCAUUCAAGACGAGUCUUGUGCUGCAACUGAUGUUUAUGGAAGAGACUUGCUUGGCUGUCUCGCAACUUGUCCGUAAAGUGUCUCCAUGUACAUACCCUAUAGCGUAUCAUACUUUUGAAAAUCUACAAAAGAGCAUUGGCAGCCCGUCCAGCCUUGAUGAACAAGGUGAAGAUGGAUCCAAUACCAAAGAGGUACGUGAGAGAGCGAAGGGGACUCUUGCUGAGAUCAGUUGUCGUG